CCCAUCUCCUUUGCUCUCACACAUCACUGCUGUCUCAACCUAGCAUGGACGCAUUUAUUUUCAUAGGACAACGCAGACAAAGCAGAUGAAAAAUUGCCUUUUUUUGUUUGUUUAAAGUCUUCCUUUUGAACAAAAGAAAAUUUGGCUUUAUUCUUCAAACCUUGUGGAUUUGAUGUUUUUUUUACCCCUUAUUUGUGGUGCAUUUUUUUUAAAUUCCAAAUUUAAACUGAGAUAUGUGGACGUGUUUUGUUUUUUCAAAGGAUGAGUUUGCAUUUUCUGGAGCUAUCCUAUAUGCAGGGAUCAUCCUCUGACUCAGGACCAGAACCGUAAAGCGUCGCUCCAACAAACCGAGCUGCACACAGACAGGACAGAGAAGUUCUACGGUGGAGCCGGACGACCCAGCCUGACGCACGGAGACGGACAGACGGACAGACAGUCUGAUGCCAACUGUCUCACCUGUCAAUCUCACGGCACCACUCCUCCUCCUCCUGCUGCUGCUGCUGCUGCUGCUAUGCACCACCCACACCACCAUGGCAACCAACUGGCUCUCCCUGGCGAGGCUGCCCCGCUCCAGGGCCGUGUCCGGUGCUGCUCCGUGCGCACGGCUGAGGGGGCUGACCCCGGGGCAGGUGGGGGUGUGCAGGGCGCGAGGGGAGGUCAUGGAGUCCGUACGCAAAGCAGCAGAAAUGGUCAUAGAAGAGUGCCAGCAUCAGUUCAGGAAUCGGCGCUGGAACUGCUCCACCACGCCUCGCGGGAUCAAUGUAUUUGGAAGAGUCAUGAACCAAGGCACUCGUGAGGCGGCCUUCGUGCACGCGCUGUCUUCUGCGGCAGUGGCGGUGGCUGUGACCCGAGCCUGCACCCGUGGGGAGCUGGAGAGGUGCGGCUGCGACAGGAAGGUCAGAGGAGUCAGUCCUGAAGGCUUCCAGUGGUCGGGGUGCAGUGACAACCUGUCUUACGGCGUGGCCUUCUCCCAGACCUUUGUGGACGAACCUGAGCGGGCCAAGGGGCUGUCAGCGGGGCGCCCACUCAUGAACCUCCACAACAACGAGGCCGGCCGAAAGGCCAUCCUUCACAACAUGCAAGUAGAGUGUAAAUGUCACGGUGUCUCUGGCUCCUGUGAGCUAAAAACCUGCUGGAAAGUCAUGCCCCCAUUCAGACGCGUUGGUGUUGUGCUCAAGGAACGUUUCGAUGGAGCCACAGAGGUCCGAUUGACUCGCAUUGGGUCCAGGCCAGCUUUGCUCCCUCGUGACCCCUACGUCAAACCCCCUGCUGCCAGAGACCUUGUGUACCUCUCACCCUCCCCAGAUUUCUGCAGCCUUGACCCAGAUAACGGCAUCCCCGGGACUGCUGGGAGAAGAUGUAACGGGACGUCCCGGCUGGCACCAGACGGCUGUGAGCUGGUGUGCUGCGGGCCGGGGUACAGAGCGGGCCGUGCCGAGGUGGUGCAGCGCUGCUCCUGCAAGUUUUCUUGGUGCUGCUCGGUCCGUUGCCAGCAGUGCAAGAACACGGUCACCAUUCACACCUGCAGGGUCUGAAACGGCUCCGACAAGACCGGACUGAGUGCAAUUCAAGACCCGAACAAGCCAGCCGAGAGAGAGAGAGAGAGACACUGGAGAACAGCUUCGACACCAAAUGACGUCCCAAAAAAAAGAAUCCUCAUUUAGGAUACAUUUUCACCUUCUGGGUAGAUUUGAAAGCUGCAGCAAACAAACAAAGAUGAGUCUCCAGAUAAAAGUGCAUGGGGGGGCCGAUUCCCAGACGUGCAUACACACACAGCAGCGACCUAAACCUUCACCUGACAAAGCUUUUAAAGCUGAAAUUAACUGAAACUAACAGAAACACUGCAGCAGUGUUGUUUACGCUUAUAUUAUACGUCUUAGAGUAGCGAGUCUUUGAACGUGUCCUGUAUUUAUGGCUCCUUUUCUGUUCCGGUUUUAUUUAUUUGUUUCACAGUUGUGUUCAAAGCAAUCGUAGUCUCCGUAACGCCAACGAUGUUUUCGAUCGAAGUCACAUUUCUGAGUGCCAAAUACUUUACUAGCAGGUGUUAUAGAGCAACAGAGGACCAGCGGAGCCAGCAGUCAUGACCUGUAGGCGACUGAAAAGCCGGAUUAAAGAGCUUUGUUGUUUGAAAGUCUUAGUAAAAUAAGUCAUUGCAGUCAGAAGAACAGCGUGCUUUGAGUAGAUUGAUCGAACAGUGCAAAAACAUACAGAGAAGCGCAGAAAGUGACCGGCUGCUCAGUUAAAAUGGUCCCAAAUGCUUUAAAAUGGAACUCAAUAAAGACGUGGAAGAAACCCAUCGGAUUAGAUCAAACAAGGUCAAGAUGGUAAAGAUUUAGCCGCUGAUCAGGCAGGAGAGUGAUCGAAAAAGGUCUUAAUAGUGAGUGCUAAGGAAAUGUAAAAAAAAAAAAAA